ACCCUGAUGCUGGGAAAGAUUGAGGGCAGGAGAGAAGGGAGCGACAGAGGAUGAGACGGUUGGAUGGCGUCAUGGACUCAACAGACAUCCGUCGAGCAGACUCUGGGAGAUGGUUGCAAAGAGGUGGAGAUGACGUUGCCACUGAACAACAGCAAGGUGGUGUUCGCUGUGGGUUUCUCUGUGGUUUUACGCGGAGGUAGUUUCCUUUUGUUGCUGUUUGUUGCGUGUUUUUAUUGUGAAAGUGUUGAAUUUUGUCAAAUGCUUUUCUGCAUCACUUGAUAUGAUCAUAUGUUUUCUUCCCCUUCCUUCUGGUAAUGUAGUAGGUUACAUUGACCAAUUCCUUCCUCCCUCCCUUCCUUUUUUUUGAUGAAAUACGUUUAUGAAGGUGACCACAGCACAGCACUGUUAUUACCUAAGCCUGCAUGUAACAAAUGCGGUGACAAAGGUGAUUAGAAAAGAUCAAUAAUAGCGCUCAUUUCAUUGCAAGGGAUCGAUGCUGUCAGAGAUGGAAACCAGACAUGGACACACAAUCGUGCCUUAUGUUCCUCGGAAGACCUCGUCUCGAAAUCGAGAGACUCUCGGAGCAGCUGGAGGAGAAGGAGCGGGAGGCGCAGCAGCUCCUGAGCCAGCCGGGGCUCGAGCGGGAGAAGGAGGUGGCCCUGCUGCGGAGGAGCGUGGCGGAGAAGGAGCGGGCCCGGGCCGCCAGCCACGUCCUGUGUCGCUCCCUGGCCGACGAGACCCACCAGCUGCGGCGGACCCUGGCUGCCACGGCCCACAUGUGCCAGCAUCUGGCCAAGUGUCUGGAUGAACGCCAGGGGGCACAGGGGACCGCGGGGGAGCAGAGCCCCGAGCCCAAGUGUGCGGAAGGCGACGCCUCUGUGCACGCGGUGGUUGAGAAGUUACGGGAGGAGAACCGGGCGCUGAGGCAGAAGGUGACUCACGUCGAGGACCUCAACGCCAAGUGGCAGCGCUACGAUGCCAGCAGGGACGAGUACGUGAGGGGGCUCCACGCGCAGCUGAAGGGCCUGCAAGUCCCCCUGGAGCCCGAGCUGAUGCGGAAGGAGGUCUCCCGGCUCAACGCGCAGUUGGAGGAGAAGAUGGAUGACUGCGCGGAGGCGCGGCGGGAGCUGGCUGCGGCGAGGAGUGCACGGGACGCGGCGCUGGAGCGCGUGCAGAUGCUGGAGCAGCAGAUCCUCGCCUACAAAGACGACUUCACGUCGGAGAGGGCGGACAGGGAGCGGGCGCAGAGCCGCAUCCACGAGCUGGAGGAGCAGGUGGCCUCGCUGCAGCGCCAGGCGUCCUGGAGACAGGAUUCUCGUGAGCCAGUCUCCUGCCGGAUUCACACGGGGAGCAGAUCUCCCCGGUAUUUAGAGACCGACGCUUCGGAGCCUGUGGCAGCUGGUGGCCGGAGGCCUGGGACGGGAUCCCAGUGGCUGGACCUCCCCGCAGAGGGCGGGUGCUCGGGAGUGACCCAGAGAGGCCAGGGGGACCUGCAGUGCCCCCACUGCCUGCGGUGCUUCAGCGACGAGCAGGGCGAGGAGCUCUUCAAGCACGUGGCUGAGUGCUGCCAGUGAGCCCGGUGGCCCGCGGUGGGUGCGCCCCGCAUCAGGAUCGGGGCCCCCAGCACAGGCCGGGGGUGCUCCUGAGCCUCCCGUCUCGGCCACUCUCGGGUCAGCAGGAACUUGCUGUGGGGCUGGCAGCAGAGGUAGGGGUUGGAGCUGGACUCCCAAGCGGCCAGGCAGAGGCCACGAAUGCACAGCCAUGGGCGUGCUCGCCGGCCAGCACGCCGCGUCCCGGGAGUCGUGGAGCUGAGCACAGAACUGCAUUGAGACACGCUGUGCUGCCCCUAGUGUUCGCCACACCCCCAGAAAUUGAACAAGUGAUCAUGUGACGAUUUUGUAAUAAAGGGACUUGCUAAGUG